AUGUGCGCUCGAGUGGCAUCCACAACGAACAAUGUAUCAACGGUGAUCGAGUUGGGGAAUUCUUGCAAUGAGCAUGAUCCGCAUUCCAAACUUUGCAAACAUAUUCAUAUAAAGACAGCAGAAUGGCAGUCGAAUCAAUGCCAAAGAAAAAAGACCAAAGUGCAUAUUAAUAGCAUAAUAUGUGGACUUGAUCUGAUAAUAAACUUUCAGGUCGCUGCCUUAGUGGCCGUCCUGCUGAGUUUUGCAAUUUAUUUGCUGAAUAAUAUGUUGUUUCUGAUAACUCUGCGCUUAUUACCUGCAUAUUUCACACUGAUUAUUGGCACACUCUUUUACGCAUUUUUCAUGUUCGGUUAUCGUCAACAAAACAGAUGGAUGAUCUUCGCUUAUUUCUUCUUCUUGGGUACUUUUGAUGCUCUACUCGUUGUAUUGUUAUCAUUUUCACUCACAUUUAUUCGUAAUCCACAACAUGCGCCACUGGUAUAUUCACACGAUGAGUACGUGUAUGGUCCUUAUUCAACCAAAAGUGAAUUUUAUGAAAAAAAUCUAGAUAUACUUGCUCAUGAUAUUAUGAUGUAUAAAGUGAUGUUUCUUCUCUCGUGCACGUCACUGCUACUCAUCUCAGUCUGUUUACCUAUCGUUUACCGAUACUUCAAGUAUGUUUGUGAUCAACACGACCGCUCUUCUUCACACUCUGAGUGCAGACACAACUCUCACUUCAGCACAUCAUCAAUACCAGCAGCAACACGCAAUCGUCACACACAUCACCGUCGCAAUUCAGCUUCAAUCGGUCCCAUCUGUACAAUCUCAUAUCCACCAGCAUGCCCUCCUGCAUACACAAUCGAGCCAACAGCAUACACUCCUCCACGACGACCACUUUUCAAGAGUAUCAUACCGCAAUCCAGAUUAAUACUACCUCAAUACACAGACUUUCGACGUGAUGUGUACGCCGAACCACCACCCUACCAAGAGAAGCCGCACGGAAACGAACAAAGCAGCGACAAUUAA